AUGACGUGCAGUAGGAUGAUGCCUCGCGUCACCAUAUCCAUCACCGCGCCCGGCACCCAGGCCGACACGGACCUGCUGACGCUCGAACUGCCCCCCGGCAGCACCGUCAAGGACCUCAAGGGCUUCAUCGAGGCCGACACCAGCCUGCCCGCCGCGUCACAGAGCCUCUACCUGAACGGCCAGCCGGUAGCCGUAGACACACAGACACUAGAGGACGCCGGAAUACGGGAUGGCGAGAUGCUGGCCGUUGUGAUGCGCGCCGCACCUCGACCAAACAGGAACCUCCAGCAGCCGGGCAGGCCCGCGCAACCUGAUCCAGAAGGCGUGCGACAGCUUGUCCUCAACGACCCCCAGCAGAUGAACAAGCUGCGCCAGGGCGACCCGGAGCUCGCCGCCGCCGUCAACGACCCCACCCGCUGGAGAGAUACAUAUGCCAUGAGGCAACGACAGGCCGAGGAGUCGGAGCGCGAGCGGCAGAACCAGAUCGCCCUGCUCAACGAAGACCCUUUCAACGUCGAGGCGCAACGAAAGAUAGAAGACAUCAUCCGCCAGGAUCGCGUAGUCGAGAACCUCCAAAAGGCAUACGACGAGAACCCUGAAGUGUUCACGCGCGUACACAUGCUUUACGUCAACACCGAGGUCAAUGGCGUGCCCGUCAAAGCCUUCGUCGACUCUGGCGCCCAGGCCACCAUCAUGUCCCCCGACUGCGCCGAGCGAUGUGGUAUCAUGCGCCUGAUGGAUGUCCGAUAUGCCGGUAUGGCACGCGGUGUCGGCACAGCCCGUAUUCUGGGUCGUGUACAUCACGCCGAGAUCAAGAUUGGAGGCGCGGUCAUGCCCUGCGCCUUCACAGUCAUGGAGGGCAAGGACGUCGACCUACUAUUUGGUCUGGACAUGCUCAAGCGUUACCGCGCCAAGAUCGAUCUCGAGAAGAACGCCCUAUGCUUUGAAGGACAGGAAGUUCCCUUCUUGCACGAGUCGGAAAUCCCUAGGAGCUUUGAGGAGGCGGAAAUGAACGAGCCAACUGUCCAAGGUCCUAACGGAGAGGAGAUUGGUGCGAAGACUGGUGCUGUUCGACCGAAAGGUAGCGCUGCAGCUGGUCCUUCGAAUGCCGGCGCAUCAUCCUCAUCAUCUCAACCAGCGCAGCCGCAAGCCCAACCCACAGCGUCCAAAGCGCCCGUAGCAUCUGCACCUACAAGCAACUUCCCUCAGGAGAACAUUCAGCAACUCACUGGCAUGUUUGGCUGUUCAGAACAGGAAGCCAUACAAGCACUGGAGAUGUUCGGAGGCAACGUCGAACAUGCUGCGAGUUUCCUUCUCGGUGGUUAG